CAGGUUGCAUUGCUCCCUGAAUAUUCGUCUUGUGCCCAAACUAUGUAUUAUAUGCUGUUAUAAUUAUGUACACAGCAGACACCGGACAGGAACCCUUACCCACAGAGCAGGCGGAGCAACACCAGGGAAGAAAUCAGGGAGAACUUAAACGUCACACUCCUGAAAUGAAACUCAGUAUUUGUCAGAGGGACUGCAGGCUGCAAGCAAGACAUGUUUCUGUCUAAAGACGAAAAAUAAAGUUUAUCAAGACUUUCUCAGCAGAGUGUCCACUCAACACCGUGUGUAGAUAUGGCCACUGCCAGCAGUUCGCUGUCUGAAGAUCAGUUUCUGUGCUCCAUCUGUCUGGAUGUGUUCACUGAUCCAGUCACCACAUCAUGUGGACACAACUUCUGCAAAAACUGCAUCACUCAACACUGGGAUACUGAAAACCAAUAUCUGUGUCCGAUGUGUAAAAAGGUUUUUAGAACAAGACCUGAGCUGCGAGUCAACACUUUCAUCUCUGAGAUGGUCGCUCAGUUCAGACAGUCAGCUCAACAGAAAGCCAGCAGCAGCAGCUCACAGCAACAAGCUGCCAAACCAGGAGAAGUUCCCUGUGACGUCUGCACUGGAACCAAACUGAAGGCCCUGAAGUCCUGCCUGGUGUGUCUGGCCUCCUACUGUGAGACUCACCUGGAGCCUCAUCUGACAAUAUCAGGCCUGAAAAGACAUCAGCUGAUGGACCCUGUGGAGAACCUGGAAGACAGGAUGUGUACGAAGCACGAUAAACCUCUGGAGCUGUUCUGCAAGACCGACCAGACAUGUGUCUGCAUGCUCUGCACUGUUUUAGACCACAAGACACAUGAUGUUGUUCCUCUGAAAGAAGCUUGUGAAGAAAAGAAGGCUGAGCUGGGGAAGACAGAGGCAAAAAUUCAGCAGAUGAUCCAGAAGAGACAACUGAAGAUUCAGGAGAUCAAACGGUCAGUCAGCCUCAGUGAGGAAAAUGCAAAUAGAGAGAUAGCAGAAGGUGUUCAGGUCUUCACUGCUCUGAUAGAGUGUGCUGAGCGAAAACUGAAUGAACUCAUGGACACAAUUCAAGUGAAGCACAGAACAACAGAAAAUCAGGCCGAAGCUUUUACCAAAGAGCUGAAACAGGAAAUCUUUGAGCUGAUGAAGAGAAGCACUGAGGUGAAGCAGCUCUCAUACUCUGAAGACCACCUCCAUCUUCUCCAAAGCAUCCAGUCCUUGAACGUUGCUCCACCCACCAAGGACUGGACAGAGAUCAAUAUCCAUCCUCCUUCAUAUGAGGGGACUGUGGUGAGAGCUGUGUCUCAGCUGGAGGAGACACUCAGUAAAGAGAUAAAGAAGCUGCUUGAAGCUGAGCUGAAGAGGGUCCAGCAGUAUGCAGUGGAUGUGACUCUUGAUCCUGAUACAGCACAUCCUGAACUUAUACUGUCUGAUGAUGGGAAAGAAGUGAAUCAUGGUGAUGUGAAGAAAAAUCUCCCAGACAACCCAGAGAGAUUUUCUACCGGUCUUUGUGUCUUAGGAAAGCAGAGUUUCUCUUCAGGCAGAUCUUACUUUGAGGUUCGAGUUAAAGAAAAGACUGGAUGGGAUUUAGGAGUGGUCGAAGAGUCGAUCAACAGGAAGGGACUGGUCACACUGAGCCCUCAGGAUGGUUACUGGACUGUAUGGUUGAGGAAUGGAAAUGAGUACAAAGCUCUCGAUGAUCUUGAUGUUUGUCUCUCUCUGAGGUCUCAGCCUCAGAAGGUGGGGGUGUUUGUGGAUUAUGAGGAGGGUGUGGUCUCCUUUUAUGACGUAGAUGCUGCAGCUCUUAUCUACUCCUUUACUGGCUGCUACUUCACUGAGAAACUCUUCCCAUUCUUCAACCCAGGUCUAAAUGAGGGUGGUAAAAACUCUGCACCUCUGAUCAUCCCUUGUGUAAAUCACACUAAGUAGACUUAAAGCUUUAGUAUCGACAAAAAGAUUCAGUAUUAUGCAAGAUAACAAACAUGGGUGUGGACUACUGUCACAAAACUUACAUUUGAGCUCAAGUUAUGAGUUUAUUUCAUACUCAGCUUGACAAAAUUUGCUCAAAUGUCUCAUGACUUUUCUUGGAAAUGAGCCUUCUGUGUUCAUAAACUUCCCCUUUCCAAAAAGAGGAAGAUUCAUUUUUCAAACUGCUGACAAACUUGGGGUCAGUGGCACUUUUAAAUGAACAACUGUAACUCCAUGGCACGAUUUGUUAUGAUAAUUUAUGUAAACCUCAGCCUGUUACUUGCACUGUCUGUUUUCAAAAUACACUUCUGUUUUCACAGGAAAUGUACAGUUUGCAUACAGUUUCUUUCAAAAUAAAUGCGCUAGGUCAGUUCAACACCAGAAAUUGCUGUUUUUUUCCUUCAACAACAAAUGCACAUGGUUACAUGUUGCCAACACACCUGGUUGGGUUUAAGAAAAAAGAAUAUAGUUUGGCUUUACAUUCAUACGAAAAGUGAACACCAGCCUCCUAGGUGAAAGUUGGUGGUUGUUGGACUAACCCACCACCACUCCCACCAGCCCUACUCAGACUCGCGCCGCUUUAACUUUUGUUGGUGUCAUGCCAACAUAUCAUGCCGAUGUGAAAGGACGGCUUUUUCCUGAUGCCAGAAGUCACUGACCAAGCACUAGUUAGUGACUGCGGAGUGAGACUAGGCUGUUAACACAAUGUUACCUUGGAUUUGUGAAGAAAACUUGUUUUUCGAGCCCAGUCCCACUCCACCGAAGGUCUGACUGGGGUGGACAGAAGGGUUGGUGGAUAGAUCCAACAAACACUGACUUUCACCCGAGAAAGCGGUGUUCACAUCCUGUAACUACAUGUUUUUGUUGUUGGAGGAAAACAAACAUCAAUUCAUGUUGUUGUACAGACAUAGUGUAUUUAUUUUGAAAGAGACUGCCCGAGCCCUACCCGACCCAGCCAAUCACCAAAUCCGGUCCAACCUCUUGGGCUUUUUUAGGACCCGUCAGACUCAGGUUGAAAUUAAGAACUCUACCAUUGAAUAAAAUCAAAAAGUCAUUGUUGAUAUGACUUGAUUCAACAUCAUGUACAACAUUAUAUUUUAGUUUACUCAUGAGCUAAAUGUAUCCUGAUGUGUCCAAUACUGACAAUCCCAUCAGCCUCAGCUGGACUUUGUAUUUACUGCUAGUUAGCAAAUGUAAGCAUGCUAACAUGCUAAAGUAAGAUGCUAACAUCAACAUGUAAGCAUUAUAGCAUGCUGAUGUUAGCAUUUAGCUCAGAUUAGCAUGAAGUAUAACCCCAAAGAGCAGAUGGCAUGCCUAAAGACCCUUAAUCUUGUUAUCUGAAGUAUCUCACUGACUGCUCACUGAAGCUCCACAAUAACUUCCAAAUAUUGAUACACUGACCUCUCCAGCCAUAAAAGACCCACCAGUAAGACCACUGUUACAAAUCACAUGGAAACAAACUGUCUACACAUGAAUAUCAAUAUGCACAGUACAUGCAAACCUUUACUUGAGCCCACAUUACGGGAAAUUCAAUUCAUAAACCCUGUCUGCUAAUUUGAAUUAAAUGUAUUGAUUUGAGAAGUUAGUCUGUAAGAUGAAAAGAGUCUGGAACCUUUGAAUCUGCCGACUCUUAGGCUGCCUUUACACUACCAUGUCUUGAUGCCCAAUUCCGAUUUGUUGCCCAUAUCCGAUUUUUUCCUGACUGCUGUUUUCAUGUUCUAUUCACCUUAUUUUUCACGGAGACACGGAGGCAAAACAGAACGCAGCCAGCUUCCGUUUUUUUGUGCGACACUUCCGGUCCAGCACUUUUGUCAGUGUGUUUUUUCACUGAUUCGGUUCUGCAGGUUCUCUGCUGGUACACUGGAGACGGGGAUCAAGCAGUUUGUCUCACUCGGGAUAGAUUGUGCUUUUUUGGUUCAUAGUUUUUGAUUAACGUGCAAUUUAUUCGGCUUUCCUUCCUUUCCCUCGCUCAUGAACACGUCAUCAAAAUGCGCUGUCGUCGCAUUAUUCAUGACGUACGACGUGGAUUGCCAGAAAAUAUCCGAUCAGUUUGUUUAGAUUACAGACUUAUUGGCAGAUAUCUGAUUCAUAUCCGAUGUAUUUCCACAUAUGGAGGCCUGAAUCUGAUCUGACAGUAUCCGAUAUCAUGCAUUUUUUUCCUGUUUACACGUUCAUGUUACAGAUCCGAUCUGUGCCACUUGAGAGGAAAAAAUCGGAAUUGGGUCACUUAAGCCAUGUAGUGUAAAGUAGGCUUUAGAAGUUUAACAAGUUGGUAAUUCUGUCUGACAUCAGGCAACAGAUUUCCUGUUAAUAUCUGAGAUUUAUUUUUUGUGUCUUAUUUUCUACAUAACAUUACAAGAUGUGUAUUUUAUACUUAUAAGAAGAUAAACAAUAAAGGAAAACAAAAAGAC